CCGCUGGACACGCCCCCAUCCUUGACGAGCCAUGUGGUCGUGGUUGGUAAAUAGAGAAGAUCUCCUCUGACUCUCCUCCUCUGAUCUGCUGCUAUUCCUCCUCACGAUCUCUGAGCCGAGCAACAUGUCCGCGGACGUGGUGAACCUGCAGGCUCAGGUGGAGUCGGUGCUGUCGGCGCUGGUCAAAGCGGCCACGGUGGAGUUGACCAAACUGUUCGAGAGCAGGUAUCGAGCCUCGCCCGCUGUGGCCGCGGGCCGCACCGCCGUCAAGAAGGAACAGGGCACGCUGGAGAAACUGGCCGGUUCAUCUGCUGCGGACACUAAACGCAGCAUCGGGGUGCAAGUGGACGAGGUUAUUUAUCCGCAGCUGGAGCUUCCUGGCCCCCCCUCUCUCUCAAAUGGUGAUUCUCUGACUGAUUGCAAAGAGGAGCUGGCUGUGGUGGAGGGUUGCCUCAUUCCAUCAGAAGUCCUCCUGACUGGAGAUUAUGACCAUGUUAACCCUAAACAACCGCCUCUGAAGGAAAAGCUUUUGGCAGAGACUGUGGAUUUGGUGGAGCUGAGCGUCCUUGAAACAGAGUCUCCAGCUGAUAGUGAAUCCAAAACAGAAAUUGUUUUGCAUGUGUGUGCUGACACAACCAUGCAGAGCUCAACAACAACAACCCAAAAGCCUCUCGACAUCCUGCCAGAAACGAGCGACAUCGCUGCAGAGGACGAUGUGAAGUUUGUUUGCCCGUUGAUCCUUAAACCAGAGCCGCAGCAGACUUGUGUGAGCACUGCCAAGGGCACCGCCUACAGUCCGUCCCUGUCAGAUGGAGCUAUUCACGUUGGAGUUUGGGACAAGACCCAGACAAAGGAGACAAAGAACGGUCUCCAGAUGAAACUGAAGUUGAUAACUCCAGAUCAAAAGCUGCUGAGUCGUUGUGUGGUGCAGGUGGUGAACGUGCUCACGGCAAAGUUUCAAGAUGAAGUUCCCAACCGCAAAGCUGGUUUGCGUCUGCCCAAAGAUCUCCGUCGCCACCAAAGCCUCCACACAGGCCAUCGCCUCUGCUGUUUCACCCCAUGUGAUAACGGGAUUUGGCGCCUCCAAACGGUCGUCACCCACUCCCGCGAGGGGUACGCGUGCAGCGCCUGCGGGAAAACUUUCAAACACCGGAAGAUUCUCCGGCGGCACGAACGAUUCCACACCGGAGAGAAACCAUACCCGUGUUCAGUGUGCUCAAAGACGUUUGCACUCAGGAAGAGCCUCCGCCGACACUUGAGAUUCCACACUGGGGACAGGCCACAUACUUGCACACAGUGCAGCAAAAGCUUUCGCCUUCGUGAAAAUCUGAAAUCUCAUUUGAGGUUUCACACUGGAGAAAAGCCUUUCAGUUGCAGCACCUGUGGGAAGACAUUCAGGAUCAUGAGGAAUCUGGAGAAACACAAUCUGAGCAAGUGUGGAUACUUUGUCCCUUCAUUUAAAACGCUUGCUGGCAUGUAGCUGCUGAUGGUGGCGUCACCAUUUUCUACCUCAUGCUAACCUCGUUCAGACCCAUUAACGUCCAUCCUGAGUGAUCGGAUCACAAGUGAUCACCGCUAAGUUCAAGUCUGAACACGCCCGAAUGCAUCCUGAGAUCUGAUUCCUCAAACCACAUUGCAAGGUGAUCUGGGACGCAUGUGUCCACAUUCUUUUCACUGUGUGAACGCCAAUAUGUCCUGGGUCACACACAACGGACCACCUACUCCGCUGCAGUUUCAAACAUAUUUUUAUGCUUUGUAUGCUGCGAAUCUCAACACUGAACCACCACAAUGAUUAAUAUUUAUUUUACAUGGAUAAAAUCUUUCUUCAUAGCAGAUCUACGCAGAACAAAAUGUAUGCAGCCCCUCCUGACUGUGAUUGCUCUCUUUCGCUCAGGUCGACAUACACACACACACACAGUUAUAUCAGACACAUCUAAAAACUCAGACUGGGGAAAAAACAACACAAAUUGGUCUUUGUGAACACAAAUGGUUAAUACGAGUAUUUGCAUGUGGAGAAGUGAGAUCCGAUCAAAAGGAGACAAACAGGAGACACGUUCAGGAACGUAUUAAAUACCACAGACGAACUUGUCCACUUGUGAUCGGAUCCCUCAGGACGGAUGUUAAUACCAGGUUGAGAUUGACAGCCAUUCCAGAAAG